UUAUUAAAGAGAUAUUGCUUUUUAGAUCAAAUAUAAUACAAUUCAUUGGGACUAUUUUCAAACAUGGAUAGUUUAACAAAUGCGCUUGAUGCUAGAUUAGAUAAUUUAAUUGGUGAAAUUGAAUCAAGCGAUUCUCCAAUUGGACCUGUCCUCAGAUCUGUGUACGAGGAUGAUGGACAAGGUGAAUUCCUACGAAAGUUGGAUGAACACUCAAAAUCUCAUGAGAAGGAAAUUGAACGGAUGUGUAACUUUCAUUAUCAAGGAUUUGUAGAAUCUGUAAGCGAGCUCAUCAGAGUGCGUUCUGAUGCAAAGUUGUUAAAGAUCCAAAUUAAGAAGGCCAAUUCUGAUCUACAGGAAUCUGGAAACGAGCUUGUAGAGAAAUUGGAAGAGCUGUCAUCUCAUCGUGUUCGAAACAGGAAUAUUGCAGCAACAAUAGAAACCCUAAGUUUAUGCAUACCAGUUUUAGAAAUGUAUGCAAAGUUAUAUGAACAAAAGAAAAGCAAAAAAUACUAUCCUGCUCUCAAGACAUUAGAACAAUUGGAGCAUACCUAUCUGGCACGGAUUAAGAAUUUUAGGUUUGCAGAGUUGAUGAUAAGUAAACUUCCAUCUUUUCGUGAAAGUAUAAAAGACGCUGCUAAGGAAGAUCUGAUGCUUUUUCUGGAAAACGUUCGGGCAAAAUCAGAAAAACUUGGUGAAAUUGCUAUGAAACAGGCUCAUCAGCAAUAUAGUUUAAGUCUGUUACAUGGAGUUGAUGAAGGUUUUAAUGACGAGGAUGAGGAGCUGGAAUUGUGUUGUUCUGACCUUGUCGAUUUCUCACCAGUGUACAGAUGUCUACAUAUCUUUACAGCUCUAGGUCAAAAGGAAGUAUUCGAACAGUAUUAUCGCAAAGAACGUAUGCAGCAGGCAAGGUUGGCAUUUGAUUGGCAGAGAGCAAGUACCACAAUUCACGAAUCAUUAAACAUAUUCCAGUCAUACUUCAAUCAAAUAGUUGGUUUUUUUGUGGUAGAAGAUAAUGUUAUGAAUACUACAGAGGGUUUGGUAACAAGGGGAACAGUGGAAGAACUGUGGGAGAUGGCAAUAUCAAGGAUUGGAUCAGUAUUACAUACACAGUGUUCUAAUCUUGAAGAUGUUUCUAUGAUGCUGUCAAUCAAAGAAUUAAUUGUGUGGUUUAGCCAUACACUAUCUAGUUAUGGUUUCAGUGUGAAUGCACUCUAUGAUGUCCUAUUACAGAUGAGAGACCAAUAUAACGAGAUGUUGACAAAGAAAUGGAGACCUGUUUUUGAUAAUAUUGGUCAGGAAGAUAAUUACACUCCUCUUUGCAUCAACACAUUAGCUGAAUACACAGAAACAGUGCAACAAUUCCCAUAUGACAAUGGCACUGCCUUGGAUGACUUUCCUAAAUGUUACCCAUUCUCAUGCUUUGUACCUGAAAUAUACGCAGAGGUCAAGAAUUUUAUUCGUGCAUCUAUGCGUUUUAAUCAGAAUCUAAACAUCAGCCGUACAGAGACAGAUAGUUCAACAAGAAAAUCGACAAAUCUGCUUUUAACGAAAACAUUGAGCGAUUCUAUUAAAAAUCUUUUGAGUGUUCCAAUGUUGAGUUUAGCACAGCUUGCUCAAAUGUCUGUGAAUACAAUGCAACUGGAGAAUGCAUGCCCAGCAUUAGAACAAUUUAUCUCCGAGAUCACUGGGACCACAGAUGCGAAUGUCAGUUUGACAAGACUGUAUGGAACGUCGACUUUUAAGGAUGUUCGAGCUGACGCUGAGAUGAGAAUCUAUGAAAAGUUGAAUACGAAAAUGGACGAGUUCUUAGGCCUAGCUGCAUAUAACUGGGCACCAACUACUGUACGUUCACAAGCAAGUAGUUAUCUGAUGGAUUUGUUAGCCUAUUUACAGGGUGCUUUUAUAACAUUUGAACCCCUACCUGGUGAUGUGGCAAAAACAGCGUGCAUGUCAUCUUGUAAGCAUUUGGCGAUGAAUUUGAAGAUGUUUUUGCUCGAUGGAAACGUUCGAUAUGUAAAUAUGAAUGGACUGCUUAGUUUUAAUAUCGAUGUUAAAAAAUGUGAGGAGUUUGCAGCAUCCACUCCGGUUAAAGGAUUUCGUCCUGGAACAUUAGAAAUGAGUUUUCAAGAAUUGGCACAGUUUGUUCAAUUAUUCGUGGAAGGUGAUUGGUCAACAUAUCUCCAUGACUACGGUAACAGCAACAGUAAAUAUAACAGAGUGCAACCCCAUGGCGUAAUCGUGCUGUUGGAAAAAAUGACCGACCAUUCAAAGAAGAUUAACUUUAAAAAGGCAGACCGAGAAAAGAAGAAAUUUAUGGAAAACUUGAUAAAAAAACUAAAAGAACUAUCUUAAAUAAUUCGUACGCGCAAAGAAGUUUAAAAAACGGCGGGUUGUGUGAAAGACAGUUACAUCGUGUUCCUACGUGCAUAAGGUUAUUGUUGGAUUAUCAUGUAUUUUAACACGACAAACAAAUCAGGGGAUGCUUUCAAGCCGCCCCACUGUUUUACCGUUUUUCCUUACAAUGCCUUAUUCGCCCCUAUCAACAUUGUUUACAUUUAUAUUGUCAAACUCUUAUAGACAAAAACUUUUCUCCCUGUAACAUCGCAAAUAGAGGUCAAAAAGACCAGCUAAAAUAGUUGCUUGUGAUUUUGUAAAUAAAUUUAGGCUGCAUAUCUUUGACUUUAAAACUUGGUUGGUGCGUUUUAAAAGUGUCCGUUUUUAAUUUAACACCGACCUUAUGAACACUGGUCAGUUUGUUUUUUUAUCUAAUUUUUUAGAGUACUCUUUGCAUUACUCUUUGCUUUUUCGAACAGCAUUGAUGGAGUAAGCGGGUACCUGGUGAAUUAAAGGCUUUCUGUGAACUAUCAUUAUUUUUUAUUUUUAUACUAUGGGUUUUACAGGGUAUUAUUUCGCCUGUAUGCUUAACAUAAAUUUGUAAAUAAUUUCUAUGUAUCUAUGUGAAAUAGAGUAUAUUUUUCCGUUA